CGCAACAACACGUGUGCGGUCCACGGUUCAGAGCUGAGGAGAGGAACAGUGACUAAAUUUCAGUUUUAAGACACUUGACGUGUCGUCUGUGUAUUACUUUAUCCUUUGAAGGCUUUGCCGACAGAGGUGUCAAGAUGGUGAAGCCUCGUUUUAAGGGGAAAAGCUCGAUAAACCCCUCAACGUCCAGCAGCAACCCCGACCGACCCAAAGGUGCUGGUGGGAGCAACAUGAGGGACCGAGCCACAAUCAAACGUCUGAAUAUGUACAGACAAAAGCAGAGAUGUAAUAGCCGUGGAAAAGUCAUAAAACCUUUACAGUACCAGUCAACAGUGGCUCCAGGGACUGUUGCCAGAGUUGAACCCAAUAUCAAGUGGUUUGCAAAUACACGUGUAAUUAAGCAGUCGUCCCUACAAAAGUUCCAAGAAGAGAUGGGAGCAGUACAGAAAGAUCCAUAUCGUGUGGUGAUGAGACAGAGCAAACUUCCCAUGUCCCUCUUGCAUGAUAGAGUCAAAGCACAUAACUCUAAGGUCCACAUUCUAGACACUGAGGGUUUUGAGACCACUUUUGGGCCUAAAGCUCAGAGGAAGAGGCCCAGUCUGAUGGUAGGAGACAUGAAGGACUUUGUAGAACAGGCUGAGGCAUCAGCUCUGACCUAUAGCGCAGACAAAGACAAAGACCUGGUGACCGAGGACACGGGGGUCCGGGACGAAGUCCGUGAGGAAAUCUUCAAAAAGGGUCAGUCCAAGAGGAUCUGGGGAGAGCUAUACAAGGUAAUUGACUCAUCCGAUGUCGUCAUCCAAGUACUGGAUGCUCGGGACCCCAUGGGAACACGAUCUAAGAGCAUAGAGACGUAUAUGAAGAAGGAGAAGCCUUGGAAACAUCUGAUCUUUGUUCUCAACAAGUGUGAUCUCAUCCCCACCUGGGUCACGAAACGGUGGGUCGCUGUUUUGUCCCAUGAAUACCCCACACUGGCUUUCCACGCAAGCCUCACUAACUCCUUUGGGAAGGGCUCCCUCAUCCAGCUGCUUAGGCAGUUUGGCAAGCUCCACACAGACAAGAAACAGAUAAGUGUGGGUUUCAUUGGCUAUCCUAAUGUAGGAAAAAGCUCAGUCAUCAACACACUGCGGUCUAAGAAGGUCUGCAAUGUAGCACCCCUCGCAGGAGAAACAAAGGUGUGGCAGUACAUCACAUUGAUGAGGAGAAUCUUCCUCAUUGAUUGUCCUGGUGUCGUGUACCCUUCAGAGGACAGUGAAACUGAUAUCGUCUUAAAAGGAGUGGUUCAAGUGGAGAAGAUCAGAAAUCCAGAGGAGCACAUCGGGGCCGUACUGGAACGGGCCAAGCCAGAAUACAUUCAGAAGACCUAUCGCAUCCCUUCCUGGAACAACGCCGAAGACUUUCUUGAGAAGUUGGCGUUUCGUACCGGGAAACUGUUAAAGGGCGGUGAACCAGAUCUCACCACUGUGUCUAAAAUGGUGCUCAAUGACUGGCAGAGAGGACGUAUCCCCUUCUUUGUCAAACCACCAGGACCUGAGGGUGAACAGGAGGUAGGAGUUUUUUUGAUUUCCAGUUCUGCUUUUUAUCACCAACUUGUGCCAUCUGUGUCAGCUUCCUUUUUGUACCCUAAAUGUUUCCAGGACAAGAAGCUGUUGGCCGGUGAAGGAUCCUCAGAUGUGGUUGAAGAUGUCCAAGAGGAACAGCUUGACAAUCCAGAUGCCCACUCUGAGGAACCUGAGCAGCAGCAGCAGCAGAAACAAAAAGAGGUAAAGAAGAUGCUGGCGAAUGUACGGCAGAACUUUGGCAAGAUCAACGUGGCACCAGAGUUCAGCGAGGAAGACUUGGUUCCUGUGGAGAUGCCUGACCUUGACAUGGCUGAUUUCUCUGGCUCUGAUGGUGAGGAUGUCAGUGAGGAAGAGGAUGAGGAAGAGGAAGAUAGGACCAAUGUUGAAGCAGUUGAUGGAGAGACCGAAGAGACCACAAAGGCUCAGACUGGAAAGGCAAACGACAACAAAAGCUCACGAGAGGUGAUUCGUGAGCUAGAUGCGAAGAUUGCCAAGUACAAGCAGUUCCUGGACCGGGCAAAGUCAAAACGCUUCUCUGAAAUCCGGAUACCUAAGGCACUGUCUGACAAAGUGUUCACAGACAUGAAGACUAAACAAACAGCUGCACAACAAGCUAAACAAGCUCAGAAGAAAGGUGCAAACCAGAGGAAGAGGAGAGUGGAGGAUGACGAGGAGUCGACGCACAGACUGACCUCUAAACAGAGAAGAGCAAUGGACCGUGCUAAGAAAGCAAAAAAAGUUGGAGUACGCUAUUACGAAACACACAAUGUGAAAAACAAGAACAAGAACAGAAAGGCCCCGUCUUCAUCCACAGAGGGACGGAAGGCCAAAAGAGCAAAGCACUAAGUCUUUAAGGGUAUAAUCUGUGUUAAAUCUUUAUUUAAAUUAGCAGAAAAAUCAUGUUUUAAUGAACUUGUAGAGUUGAAAGAACUCUCAAACUGGUGUAAAAUGGUCUCAUCAAGUUUGCCUUAUCCAACCUUGACUAAGCCUCAAAGGAAACUGUUAUUGCCUCUUCUGUUUGCUCCCUUCAACCCAGAACUGUUGAUGAAUGACAUUUAAUUCAUCAUAUACAGGCCUAAUGCUCUCUUGAUGUUCAAGAGAAAUGUACAGUAAGUAAUUCUUUAAACUGUACUUGUCAUGUCAUGCUGUUGAAAAAAAUAAAACAUUUGCUAAAGUCACUGUGAAGUUCAUAUUAAUAAAGAUUUAGU